AUGAAGAUGGCAACUCGCACUGGUCGUAUCUCGCCAGCUGCUUCCCAGGCGGCGGUGCAGCCGGCUCAAGAAAAGCUAUUCCAGAAGCCCAAGGGAAGGACUGGAUUUAGCCUACGAAGCUCUCACGGCCGGAAAAGAACUAAUUCAACCUCAAAGACAAUUCCUAUCGAAACUCGGGAGAAGGGAACCAGCAGAUUUCAUUCCAAAGCCGAUCCAUCAAUGGCCAUGGUAGAAGAUCAGCCAUCGGCAGUCGCCAGUGGUGUGAUGACCACACUCGCACCAAUUCGAGCCAUCCAACAUCGCGACAAAAAUGGGAAUCCUAUCGCCGAGCCAGAUCGCAGUAAUCCUACUCGCAGCCGUUGGGAAAGGCCCUUAGAUACAAUUCGAAGCUUCGAGGCUGCCGUCGAUAGCAGUUAUUCAAGGCAGUCCCUUAUAAGAGCUCUAAGGCCUACUGCUCUCACCGACGAAAGGACACGAUAUCGAAGCGCUAGUUAUUAUGGACCAUCGCCAUCUCCCUCAAUGUACCAUAGUUCCCACGACGCCAGCGCCCCAGGCCACAACCCACACAUAGGCCGUAUUCAUCAACACCCUAGAUUUGAAAUGAAUGGUGGAAACUCUGUGUACCCUGCCCACAAUAUUCAAACAUCGUACGAAACUGUAAAUUCAGCUUCAGGUUCUGCAAGCUUAACAGAUCCAAACUAUUCAACUGAUCCUAGCAGUGAGAACAGUUCGAUUGAUCAAAUUAAUUAUUCGUCACAGAAAGAUGCUGCCGGUAGCUACAGUUUUAAUAGUAGAUCUGAUAAUAUCUCCCCACCAUAUCAAUCAACUAGUAUGCUACAAAUUCAGUCCAUCCCUAGGCAAGGUCAUGGAAUAUCCAGGGUCAUGGACGACAUAAAGGCAAAAGAAACCCCGAGAGUCCCCAUUAAGUUGGGAAGUAGUAGGAAUCAAGAUAUACCAGUUUUAUCUGUCACAUCUCAACCCGUAACGGAAAAGCGAAAAUCAUGGUUUGGUAAACGGUUUAGUCGUUCAGAGCGGACCUAA